ACCACUCACCACGGAGCUUUCGAAAAACAACGUACCCUACAAGUGGGGUGCCCCGCGACUACUCCUGAUACCCUGUGGUUCAGGGACUUUAAACAUCUUGGACGCCUCAGAGAUAGCUGGAAUACUGCAGCAGCUGGAGCUGUCUCCUAUUACAAAGGCCACACAAACCACACCGCAUCGGCCUUAACCCACC